UGAAGACCCGUCCGACCGCCAUGCCGCCCAAGAAAAGGGGAGAGCGCCACGACUCAGACGUUGUUGAGGAGAGGAAUGCCCAGGCUCAGCUUGAGAAGGCCAAGUACCGGCCGGUGGCGUUCGCCGUGCGCUGCAACUUCUCGUACACGCCGGCAGACGACGACAACGUGCCCGUGCAUGGACACGCCGUCACCUACGAGGCCAGAGACUUCCUGCACAUCAAAGAGAAGUUCAACAACGAGUGGUGGAUCGGCCGCCCGGUGAAGGAGGAUGGUGUGGUGGGCUUCAUCCCCAGCCCGGUCAACCUGGAGACCAUCCUCAUCAGGAGAGAGGUGCAGGCCAGGAAGGCUGCCAAGGCCCUAGCCACCAAAGCUGCGUCUCAAGUCGUUCAGGAUUUGAACUCCAAGAAGUACACCCCUCCUUCACAAGCUAACCAGCAAGUAAAAAAGAAACCGGGGGAGCAGAUUGCCAUGUAUGAUGUGGUGCCCACCAUGCGUCCCGUGGUGCUCAUGGGACCCUCGCUGAAGGGGCUGGAGGUUACAGAUAUGAUGCAAAAAGCACUUUUUGACUUUUUGAAACAUCGAUUUGAAGGCAGGAUAACGAUAACGCGAGUGACGGCAGACAUCUCUCUAGCCAAGCGCUCCAUCCUUAACAACCCUGGAAAGAAGGCCUUAAUGGACCGCUCCAACACACGCUCUCAUCUAGCCCAGAUCCAGGGGGAGGUAGAGCGGAUCUUUGAGCUGGCGCGCAGCAUGCAGCUGGUGCUGCUGGAUUCAGACACCGUCAACCACCCCCUGCAGGUGUCCAAGACCUCGCUGGCCCCCAUCCUGGUCUAUGUCAAGAUCUCCCAGCCAAAGGUGUUGACCAGGCUGAUCAAGACUCGGGGGAAGUCUCAGACCAAGCAUCUUAACGUUCAGCUGGUGGCCGCAGACAAGCUGGCCCAAUGUCUGCCGGAAUCGUUCGACGUGAUCCUGGAUGAGAACCAGCUGUCGGACGCCUGCGAGCACAUGGCGGACUACCUGGAGACCUACUGGAGGGCCACGCACCCCCCCGAGAUGGAGCCCACCAACCCCCUGGUGCUGCAGCUUGCCGAGAACACGCUGCCUGUCAGCCCCCCGGCUCCUGUGACCCCUGAGGAGCAGAAGGAGAGGAGGCCCCCAGCCACCAAAAGGAAGGGCUCCCGCGAGAACCACCUAGCCCCGGAGCCCCCCUCGGCCCCCGGCCCCCCGGAGCAGAGGACCAGGGAGGGCGGCCGCAGGGAGGGUCCGAAGGAGGAGCAGCAGGAGGGUGAGCUGCGGGAACAGGGGCUGGAGGAAUCGCUCCUGAGGACAGAACCAAAGAGGGCCCAGCAUGGCCACCACCACCACCACCGACAGCAGCAGCAGCAGCAACCGUACGCAUAUCAGCAUCAGUACCACCAGCAUCACCGCGGCAACAGGCAGCCGCAGAGCGGGGAGAGCAACGAGACGGAGCAGAACAACGAGCGCAACCGGCAGCACCGACGCCCCCCCCACCACCCCCCCAGGACCCCCCGUAGGGACCACUACCCCGGGGGCCACCACAACCAACACAACUACCAGCACUACCACAGCAGGGACCGAGAGCGGGAGAGAGACAGAGACGGGGACAGGGGAGAGCGAGACGAGGACGGGAGACACUGGCACAGGGGUCCCCAUACAUACAGCUAGCCGCUGUCGGUGGGAUUGUGGCGCCGUUGUUGGUGUUUUAUUUGGGUCCGUGCAUGGGUUUUUGACGCCGCUCUGGUUGUAAACGCCACGAAGGAACGGUCGGAAUUGGCAAUGACUUCUGCCGUUCUGUAUGUCGUUCUUUGCUGAUGGUUGCCCGCCUCUGCCCCCUCCCUAGCAGUCGAAUCGCCUCGUGGUCUCGCACUCCUACCAUACCGGCCACGUCGCGGAGCGAUGGGCUUGGAUGGUCCACUUGAAAUGAUAGACCGUUUAUCUAAAAAGGAGUCGCUUGUCUUCCGCUUAAGUCACAAGUAAACACGUAAUAGUGAGUCAGUUGACCUGUCAACACAGACAAAGUUCAAGCAGUUGUCACUCCCAAAAUGAGACCGGUGUUCAGGGUGAAGCCCCAUGUCCUUGCCAUGAGUCUGUGUCACUUCCAGACCUAGAACGGGUGUUCGAGACUUCCCAAGCUGAAUCCGCAGCUGAUCGCCAGGUCGUGUGAUGAAAACCAUGAGAAAUCUCAACUUACAGUGUAUAUAUCUGGCUAUUCUUAAAGGCAACCUAUUAUUUUUUCUUCCUUGUUUUCUAUUGCUGUCUGGCAGUACAGUGGAUUAUUUAUGAAUUUAAUAAAUUAAAGUCUAUUAAUAAUUUUAUCACAACAAUAUUAGACUGGAAUGAGAUUGGUUGGUGACAGUUGUCCAUUAGGGAAUGAUGGCCACACAGACGCUGAGCUAUUUUGGAGCUUGUCAUGGACAUCAGUGCUUAACAUGUACCUUAUACCACCAUGAUCCAUCAGAACCAUUAAUAAUAAUAGCAUGCAGACACAAAUCAUAACCUGCUGUACCUUGAAUUGAACCCCUGCACACUGAGCCUCGAUUUUAGUGAGUUCUUAUUCUCAAAUCUCUGUCUUUGUAGACAACACACUGCUUGACUAUCUCUAGGUUGCUGAAAUGUUUGGCUGUUACAUAGAUCUACAUUAGAUCUGAAAACCCGAAGGACAUGAUCACAUUCAUCAUGACCCACCUGUAAGUGUUUGAUUUGUUUUCAGACUAAAUAUAAGACGAUACAGGAUAUGGUUUUAACUGUGCAGAAUAAUAAAAUACAAGCCUUGAUUUGUAGUAAACUCAUUCAUAAUUUACGAGUCAAACCAUACAAGGCGGAUGGCAGGCUUAACACGUUUCAGAUUUUCAGCGGGUGUCAAACAGUCAGAUGAUAGCAUCGCACAUCUCUUCCGACAACGUUUAUUACAAAUGAUGACAUACAUACAAAAGCAGUUUAUUUCAAGAAAAGUCCCCCAAACUAUUUUUCUACACCUGAACGAGAACCACGUGUCGUUCUCAGCUUCCUACUUUUUCUAACGGUGUUGUUCAAUCGUAUUUAUUCUCUCUCGCACUGUCUGGAAGCAUGACUCAUUUAUUUUGUCGUGACACUCGUGCGGUGCGCUGAGGCCACUAUGCAUCUUCUUGUGAUGAAGAAUAUAGCUUGAAAUCGACUUCUAUGCAUUUGUAUAUAAACACAUAUCAUGUUUGCCUUGACUGUUGGGUUGAUGGGGGCAGGGGGGCCGUGAGGGAGUCAAUUGCAGUCAGUUUGCUAGAGCUUUACCUCAUAGGCCUUUUUCAUAGAAAUGUCUUCGUAGGACAGACACAGGUGACACUCAUAACACUCAUUAUGGGUCUGUUCCUUUUGUCUACCAGGGCACUUGUAGUAGACUAAACUAGUGAAGGUAAGUAUGAUUCAUGUGCCCUGCAUAAAAUGGAACCCACCCAUAAUAAGUGGCAUCAAAAGUGUUUUGAGUGACACCUGUGUUUGUCCAAUAGUGACGCCUUUGUGAAAAGGGGCUAUAAGGACUGCAGGUCUAACAGCUAAAUCCACUCUCUCGCUUCUCUUGUGAUGCAUUGGUUCUUUUGAAUCUUUUCGAGUUUUACUUUCAACUUGAUGAUAAAAUGAUUCUAAACGCUGUCUUUUUUCAUUAAUUGUAGACCGAAAUCAACUGAUUGAUCGGCAAUUAACAGUAUUUCGAGCUCACUUAAAUAAAGGAAAGUGCUUCCUUGGAUUUUGAGAUGUAUAUCAUUGAAGAAACACAAUAUGGUUUAUCAUAAACUUUAUGCAAUGCAGUCGUUAUCUUUGGGUGGAAAAAUAGGCGAGGAAAUCCCAUUUCGAACAAAAUGACAGCUUCUGCGAAAAUGUUACAUAAUGCAGCAUUAAAGCUUUGGCAAUGUUAGUUAUUAAUGCUCAGCACAAUUCUGUAGGAUGAAUC